UCUAAUUCUUUUUGCUAGGCAACCAUUACGUAUAUAAACAAAUAUGGCUGUAGACGUCAAAAUUCAGUGAGACAAUCGCCCCCAUAUUUUGGUCGAAAUGUGACUGCAGAUAUAUUUGAUUCCACGCAUUUUCAGUGGGAAUGUACCCGAAUGACUUGCCUCUAAUUUUAUAAGGGCUCGAAGAAAUGGCGGACGAUCCCAACAGAGAUAUUUUGCCCGUCAAAGAAGGAUCCUGCGUCGACACUUGUUGCAGCAAUAUAGAUCCUAAGGAGCGCCAUUUUGUCUGCAAACUCGAUCGGUACCAGCUGGAGGACAAAUACUUGCGCUUGCUGGACGAGGUGCAAAGCUUGAAGAAAUUGUCCAACAGUCAAGAGGACAAGAUUAAGCGACUCGCGACAAAACUUAUGCGAAUCUCCGUUAAUCCGAGAUCGUGCGUCUUUUCGUUAGACGCUUCCGAAGGAAAAGACAAGAUGGCAGCAUUAGAAGUGGAGAACGGCAAAUUGAAGGACAAGAUUUGCGUUUUGCGAAAUCAGGUAUUGAAUCACAGGGUUCUCGGAAGAUCAGCCUCCGCAGGUCGGAGAACUCAAAGUGGAAUUUUCUCUGGGCCCGCAACAUGUCGAAGCGAGAAUGGAAGAAUGAAAACCCCGUCAUGUCAGUGCGUUUUGCAAAACGAAAACGACGAAAAUGAUACUCGGAAUAACCCUGCAAAGAUAGAAGAACUAGAAUCGGAAAGGAAUGAAUUGAAGUCCAGGAUAGAAGAAUUGGAGGCUGAUUUGGCGAGCAAAGUUGUCGGAAGUCAGCGAGAAAAAGUGACCGAAAACGUCGAAUACAUCAGGACGUGGCGACAAAUGAAGCAACACAAUGAUAAAUUGAUAGCAACACAGAGUCAGAACGAAUCACUUACCGCGCAAAUUAAUGACUUGAAGAAAGCCUUGGAAGAGACCCUGAAAAACAAUCGAGAAGUUACAGCGGCUUUGGUAAUUGAAAAGAAACGCAUAGUAGAUAUGGACGAGCAAGUGUCGAAGAUGAAGGACUCUCAAAUGUUGUUGCGCGAAAAGGACGAGAGAAUUCGUGAUCUAUUGAACGAGAUGAAGAUUCUUCAGCAGCACAAUAAUGAACUAAUUGCGCUAAGCUCUGAGUACAGUCACGUGGAGAUUGAAAAUGCUGAACUGAAAAAGAAGAUCUCUGAACAAUUGUCGGAUCAGCAGGGUCUGAAGAGCGCUUUCAGCAACGAACAAGCCAACAUAGUAGCUCUGCAAGCUGCCAAUGAACAGUUGAUGGGGAAACUGCAAGAGCUGCAACGUAAUAUGGAUACUUUGACGGUGCAAUUAAGGACUUUUCAGAGUAAGGGCGGCGAAUCUGACAAAACAACUACUGGAGUUCAAGCGAGCGUCGCAUAUUGUGAUAAGGAAACCGCCACAUCUAUUGUUGAACAAGUAUCUCUUGAGAUCUCUAAAGAUGUUGACGAUACAUUAAAAGACACUCAUUGUCAAAAAUGUUGUGGAAACUCUCCAGAGAAAGUGGUCGCCAUUCAACAAUCUUUUAGUUCUCAAGGAACUCCAUUUUUUGUGGAAAAGGCUGUGCAAACCGAAGGAAUGUCGCCAAUGACUUUAAUCACCCCUACCUUUGAGAAAGGCUCUUUGAAGUCUAAAGUUACCGAGAAAUCAUCUGCAGUACACCAACCGGAAGUACAAAAAGAUGAGGAUCAAACGCGCAUUGUGGAGAAUACGUUAUCAAAGGAGAAGAUGUUGAAGUUGCUGGAACAAACUCAAAUUAAUACUCCGUUUGAAACUCAGAGUCCUAUAAGGAUAAACAAUUUCGACAAUCGAAUCGACCUCUCUGGAAAUCCAGAUUUUAACAGGAGAGAAAGGCAAGUGGUCACCCUCGAAAUGUUGCUCUUCGGCGAAUCUAAUAUACUAAUAAGUAAACAUAAAUACUGUAUGCUGAUCGAUUUGCUUUACAGCAGGAUGUACGAUGACCGGUUUACAAAUGUAGACGUAAAAGAUACUAAAGAACAACGAAGUGACAAUGGUAUAUCUCAUGAUUCCGCUUCAAGGGGUACAAGUAUGAAAAAUUAUGAAGCUCUCGUUGGAUCCAGGGGACCGGAAAGAAUAGAGAAUUCAGAAGAUGGUGUAAAUAAUGAAAUUAAUAUCAGCCCUCAAAAUAAUGAAUGGCUUCCGGAAGUCAUCGAUGCUUCAAUAUUUUCAAUGUUUUAUGAUAUUCUUUACAAGUACAGGAACACAAACCGCAAUUUACAAACUAACAAGCCUAAUUACCGGUCUCAAAAUCAUGCUAUUAGCAUUGGCACGAAUACCACCUUACCGUUAAAUAGUUCCAAAGAAUUGCAAGUUGCAUUUCCCGAAAAAACGAUUACCGAUGUGCACGAUAGCGAAAUUAUCGCUAAAUGGGAUGAUUCUUCCAAUCCAAGGACUUCCAUAACACCUAAAUUAGAGGAGUUGGUAGGGGAAACGAUGAAACACCAAUUGAUAAAAAUUGAUCAAGUACCGAGUAAUUCGAAAACGUACGAAGAAAAUAAUAACCAAACUGCAAGUCUUGAUUGUGGGUGUUGCAAAUUUUGUACAGCCGAAAGUGUUAUACCUUUGGAUGGAAGACAAGAAAUUUAUCGUGGAGUACGUUUGCAACCAAAGGUUAAUAAAAUACGUGAUAUCCACCCGAAUAUUCCGCAAUCUUAUAGUGGAACGUGUACACAUAGAGGAACUUGUAGUAGUUUUCAGAACUCGCAGCUUGAGGAAGAGUCAAGAGCGAUGCAAAAAGCGCUAAAUUUCCGGUACAGAUCAAGAAGCUUUUCCGUUGCUGGUAGAAAGUUAAAUAUUGAUCAAAUUCAAGAUACCGAGGAGGACUUGCCUUAUACUUUAAAGAACUUACAAGCUAAUGAUGAUAUUCUGGAAGGUCCACAAGAUGCCUCAAUUUGCAAUUUAACUUAUCCAAAGAAUUGCGAGAAUUCCGGAACGUACAAGAUUGGUUCCUUUCCGGUACUUAUCGCUGAUGGCCAAGGUCUUUUGGAGAUUCAUAUCGUGCGGCUACAAUUUUCGACGAUUGCUCUGCAAAUCUUCACCAAUAUCCACGACAUAUCUUUUUUCGUGAGUUGGAACAUUUGGGGCCAGGAAACAGCAUUUACCCCAAUUCUGCAGUACCCCAAACUGAACUUCAACUCCUCUUGCGUGUAUCGAGUGUUGGAAUUGUUCACUUUUUUCGAGAGCUCACUCCACGAAGACGUCACCUUCCGCAUACACGCUGUUCAUAAAGAUGAAAGCAGUUACGUAGUAGGCCAAGCAAAGCUGUGCGUAAAGCAAAUUUUGGACCACCCACAGAACAAGUUGCAUUACGUGGCACCUGUAACUAAUGUCUUUUCUUGCUCACGGAAUGUAAAUUUUGGUCAGUUAUCUUUGUGGGUCAGACUAAGUUGCGACGUCUCUUUGGUGGAGUCUUUCAAGGAACGCAAAGGAGUUGCGAAAAUAGCCUCAAAACACUCCAAAGGUGUUGUCAAAACACAAAUUUUGACACCUCAAGAGACAGUGCCGAAAGAAUCAGCACAUAAAGAUGAUAUCGGGAUUAUAGAAUCUUUAUCGCAGACAUCAAUGGCGAACAAUGAUUUUAAUUAUAAAAUAACGAAUGGAAGGAACAAAACAGCCCAGUCAGUUGUUAAUGUCUUCGAUGAAAGAUCCCCAGAUUAUGCGAUGAAAAUUGUGGGGAAGUCGUCAAUAAUUGAGAACGUAAACAAUGAUGAAGAGAUGUGGCAAGAUAUGCUACCACGAAAAAUAAAUGAAGCGAUUUCAGGAGAGAUCAAGCUAACGGAAAAUAACGACGUUAACGAAGAAAUUGAAACGUUUAUCGAGGAAGACACGGUAGUCAUCGAAAUAAAGAACUUGACUUUGUCGCCCAGAGCUACUGUUGUAAAUGAUCCCGAAAUUCACAUGCUUUACGUUGAUUAUUUGUUCUUGGGAUAUGCAGGUGCUGAAUUGGAAACCGCUUCUGUAUUAAUUCCUAAAUCAGAAAUUGACGUCAUGACGUACGACUAUAGAAAAGAGUUUAAAAUCGACCGUGAUAUGCACAUUGCCCAAAGGAACAAGUUACGCUUCAUGUUGAGUGAAAAUGGAAAUCCAAAUAUAAGAUUUGUUAUAGUCAGCGAACCACUUCUGGACGAAAGUCAAGUGAAAGAAUGCAUAGAAAUCGGAUACGCUAUCUUAGAUCUGAAGAAAUAUCUCCUUAGGGUAGAGGAUGGCAAAGAAGUGAGCUUGAACGUUUUGAAAUCCGACGAUUCUACUCUGAUUGGGAUUCUGCGAGUGUCCGUAUCAGGUAUCCGCCGAUGCAUGUCCGAGAGUUGAGUCCAAGCCGAAUAUUCUGCAAUGUCAGGCGAAACAAGAGCUCCUCCUUGUUGUUAACCAGCCAAGACAUCUUUCUAUUUUACGU